AUGACAUUUCCAAGUGUUAAUAGAUUGACUUUUGGUUUAGAUAGAAUAAAGACAUAUCCAACUUUUAAAAAAUGGAGAGGUUCCGAUGUUUUAUUUUUAAUCUUAAUUGUCUUAUUGAAUAUCCCGGUUUAUCAUUUCCAACCAUUCCAAAGGCAAUUUUAUAUUAAUGAUAUGACUAUUGCACACCCAUAUGCAGAUCCACAAACGGUUAAUGAUUCUGCAUUAGCACUUUAUGCGUUUGGUAUUCCAUUUUUUACAAUAAUAAUUCUAACAUUAUUAUUUGCCGAUCCUAAACAUAAGAUAUAUUUGUUGUAUAUCUCUUUAUUAGGUUUAACUAUAAGUGUUUUUUUAACGGGCUUGAUUACCGAUUACCUGAAGAAUUGGAUUGGGAGAUUGAGACCAGAUUUUCUAAGCCGUUGUAUGCCAAAGCCCGGUGUUCCUGAGAAUAGAUUGGUAUAUGCUAAAGAUGUUUGUACCACACAUAAUAUGGAUAUAUUGAUAGAUGGGUUUAGAACUACUCCAAGUGGUCAUUCCAGUGAAAGUUUUUCUGGGUUAGGAUACUUAUACUUUUGGUUAUGCGGCCAGUUAUUAACAGAAUAUACUUUAACCGGUACUUGGAGAAAGGUAGUUGCUAGUAUACCUUUGUUGGGAGCUUCAUUGAUUGCUCUAUCCAGGACACAAGACUAUAGACACCAUUUUAUUGAUGUUAUUAUAGGAAGCAUACUAGGCAUAGUUAUUGCUCAUUGGUGUUACAGGAGAAAUUUCCCAUCUAUUCAUUCUAAGGACCCAUUUAAACCAUUAUUGGAUGAUAGUGGUGUUACUUUGGAUAAUGAUCUAGCUAUAUUUAAUAGCAAGACGGGUAGAAGUGGUACUAAUAGCAAUGGAACCACUGUUACUGAUAAUACUAACUUUCAGCAUGUUUCAAUUGAUGAAGAAAGUUUACCAUUGACUAUUACGUGA